AUGAAUGAUUGUUCAAUGGAUGAAUUGUCUACAGAAGAUAAUAUUACCAAUAAUAAUAAUAAUCUAAUAAAACCACCGUCCAAUAAAUCCUCAUCAGAAAACUCAUCUUCCCUAUUCAAGCAUUCAGAACUAUCUAAACAAGACUUUCUUGACCAUAAAAUGAAUACAAUUAAUCAAUUGUUUACUACCCCUUUAUCCGAUCACAAUUCUACAAAUACAAAUAUUUCUGAAAGACAAAUUGAAACCAAUCAACAAAAUAAUCAAAAUAUAUCCAAAUUGGAAGACAUUUUAUCUGAUAUUUCAUUAUCCACAUUUUGGGAACCAUUUAAAACUACUGAAAGAAGGUCAACUGAAAUAAAAACUCCCAGAAUAGAAAAUAUGAUGUUUAGAAAGGAUGAUAAUUCAGUUGUUAAUGUUAAGUUACAUCCAAUAUUUUCGGAAAAAUCAUGGGCUCAAUCAUUAUUUAAAGAAAGUAUGAAUUGUUAUGAUGAAUAUAAAGAGAAUCCAGAAAGAAUACUAGAUGAUCAUUUUAGUCGAAUAUGGAAAACACGUGAAGCAUGUAUGCUUUCAGAAGAUCAAAUUGAUCUACAAAAUACUUUUCAAAAAUAUUCCAAAAAAUGUAAUAAAACCCGUAGAAAAUUACGUACAAAUAAAAAUAUCUAUCAUGAAGAUCAGAAUUAUAAUAAUAUUGAUCAUGAUUUGAAAGACUUCAUAAACAAUAUAGAGUUAAAUGGAAAGGAUGAACCAUCCUAUUGGGGUUUUAAUAACUCCCAAUAUAUCGAUAAUUAUGAAGAGGAUGUUCAUAGUUGGAGUUCUAACCAAAAAUUAACCAAAAAACAUUUUAAUUCAUCAAAACAACUUCAAGUAACUAAUUCCCAUUAUUCACAUGAUCAUAAUAAUUAUCAUACCGCUUUACAGCAAAAUUAUUAUGUAUGUAAUAUUUGUAACAAGCAUUACUUUGAACAAAAUGAUUAUCAUGAUAAUUUGUUCAAUACAAUUAAUGAGGAAUAUAUUCCAGUACAUCGCAGUGAAGUUAUAACAGAUUAUAUUGAUUUCCAUGCAUUUGUAGACCCAAGAAGAAAAGGAAAUUGGAAUAAAAGAAUAAUUAAUCACAGUAGGCGCCGCUCAUGUCAUAGCUGUUCAGAUAAAUCAGAAGAAUACAAUAACAGAAAAGAUCAUCAUAAUUUCAUUCAAAAUUCAAUAUCAUUACAGGAUAUUACUAAUAAUAAACAAGAUUAUCUAUUGAAUGGUUUCAUAAUUAGUAUAGUUUAUGUAUCAGAAGAUUCAUUACCACAUGUAAUUCUUUGUGAAAAUAUUCAAUGGACAUUGGAACUUUUUAAGAGGAAAGUUAUUCAAAAAUUGUAUUCCAUUAAUCAAAAACUUCAAAAUGAAAUAUACAAUGAAUUUAAGAAUUUAAGAAAACGAUUUUAUUUCAAAACUGAAUCCAAUGAAUUAAAUACCAACAUGAUUUAUUAUGAAAUUAUUGAUGAUACAGAAGAGAUACCUCGCUGGAAAGGUUUAAUAUGGGCUAAAAUUGAAAUAGAUCACAAUGAAGUAUUAUAG